UGGCCACUAGCCUAUAUGAAGGCCCAAAAUUGUGUGUUCCUUUCUGCUCUGACAAUGGCAUGCCCAUUCGUGCGAGAUGUGGUGGAUGAAGAAGCACUUGUGCUGAGGAGAGCCUUCAGGCGAGAAAGGGUCUUCAGGGACCGGUUGGACCCACUGGCCUUCCCUGACGACCAUCUAUAUGAAAGAUACAGGUUUUCUGCAGAUGGCAUCAGGUAUCUAUGCAGACUACUGGGUCCCAGGAUUAAGCACCGCACUGCACGGAGCCAUGCACUGAGUGUGGAGCAAAUGGUUUGUGUGGCCUUGCGCUUUUUUGCUAGUGGAGCCUUCCUGUACUCAGUGGGGGAUGCAGAACAGCUGAACAAGGCCACAAUUUGCCGCACAAUAAGGAGUGUGUGUCUGGCUAUCAAAGCAUUAGCAGAUGUCUUCAUCUCUUCCCUGGCCACAGAAGACUCUGUGACAUCAAAGAGGAGUUCUAUAGGAUUGCAGAUGGUCUGCAAUGCUGACUGUGUGAUCAGCAAUGUUGUGGCAAAAUGGCCUGGCUCAGUCCAUGACUCCAGAAUCUUUCGGCCUCUGAAAUCUAUCAGUGCCUAUCACAAGGUAAGCCACACAACCCCUAUUUAUAACCAUCAUGGCUGUGUCAAGAAUAUCACUGUGUUUAUGAGGUAGUAAUGAUGAGAUUUU